CAGCCUUCAACCUCCUUUCACACAUCGCAGCCGCCAUCUCCACCACCCCCAGCCAGUCCACACUUGGCCCCGUCAUCCUUCCGCGCAUCUGCACCUUCAUCGCACCAUGAUAUGGCGGCGAAGGUUCCGUCGCAGUACUCUUUUACUCAUCUUCGCCGUCUUUGCUUUGAUUUGGGCGCAUAAUUUCUCUGUUCGCCUCCUCGGAUCGCCUGCCGCUCACCGGGCCUACCAGCCGUCAUGGAGAAAUACGAAUCAUGCAAAGAGACUGGGCAAGGGUGAUUCAGAAGAGAAGGAGUUGGUGGUGGCCAGUUUCGAGGGCGCCGACACCAGAUGGCUCGAUAUGCAUUUUGACACGUGGAAGAAGAAUGUUUACGUUGUCGACAAUGCGUCCGCGCCGCUAACAGUAUCUGUCAACAAAGGCCGCGAAGCUAUGCCAUUUCUCACUUAUAUAGUCGACCGUUACGACUCCCUGCCGGACGUUUCCAUUUUCAUCCAGAGUCCUCGGUAUCAGUGGCAUAAUGAGGAUCCCAUGUAUGAUGGUCUUCCAGUCCUCAGGCGCUUGCGAUUAGAACACGUCUUGAAGCGCGGCUACGUAUCUCUUCGAUGUACCUGGGAAAAGGGCUGUCCGGCCGAACUUACGCCACUCCAUCCUUUCUAUCGAAAUGACGAUCGCUCCCGGACGGAGCAAGCCUACGCAUCCGUGUUUAGACGACUAUUCCCUCAUGACGAAGUCCCUGGAGUUGUAGGAGCCCAUUGCUCGAGCCAGUUCGCGGUGUCACGUGCUCGCCUGCGGGCUCGUCCUAAGAAGCAGUAUGAGCGCAUUCGCGAUUGGCUCGUGGAGACCGAUCUCGACGACGCAGUGAGCAGUCGAGUGCUCGAGUACAUGUGGCACAUCAUCUUUCGCAUGCAUGCCGUGGACUGCCAGGACGCUGGGGAGUGUUUCUGCCAAACUUUUGGCUUGUGCAAUCUAACUUGCGACCGAGAAAAAUGCCGCAACAGAUAUUGGGUCCCCAACUCUCGAACCAUGCCGGAAGGAUGGCCAGAGACUGGCCCGGGUAGCAAUGGAUGGCCGGAACGAUGGUGGGCUGAUUGA